AUGAAUUUGGUUGACAUUGUGGGAGACCGGAUUAAGAAACAUGUUCUGCGCUUGGGUGCUGCGCAUAAGGAGUGGCGGGUUUUAGUGAUUGAUCAUGAUACGGCACAUUUACUUCAUUAUGCUUUGCCGAUGAGUGAAGUGCUUUCGCAGAACAUUGCGAUGAUUGAGCGGAUUGAGGAAGAGCGACAGGCUGCGGCGGACUUUUCGGUGGUUUACUUUGUUAAGAUGAGUGUGGGUGCGGCCAAGACUAUUCAAAAAGACUUUGGGAAGAAGAUGUACAGUAGUGUGUAUGUGGUGAGUAUGGGGCCAAUUGAGAAGAAGGCCCAGCAGGUUUUGGACGAGGUGGCUAAGAAGGUGGAGAAAAGACAGAGUAAGGGCGAGUCUUUGCACUUUACUUGUAAGGCGGUUAAUUUUGAUUUCUUACCGCUGUGUAGUGAUGUGUUUCAGUUGACAGUAGGAAGUAACUUUUAUCUUGAUAAGGAGAGGUAUGCCUUGGAAGUGGCUGAUAAGUUGCAGGGAUUGUGUCGGACAGUGAAGGCCCAAUGUACGCCGGUGGGAGUUGGGAAAGUUACUAAGAAAGUGGUUGAACGGAUUGAUACGACCGGUCCAGGGAAGUUAGUUGUGAUAGAACGAGGUAUUGAUUUGAAUACGCCUUUGUUGCACUGGUUUACUUUUGAGAGUCUCUUGUGGGAUUUGGGUUUGGGCGGUCCUGGGUAUGUAGUGGAUCUUAAUGGUCGGAAGAAAGGAGAGAGUGAGGGUGGUGGGGAUGGUGAGGGCGAAAGUGAUGAGGAGGCAAGGAUUGAAAUGAGUGAGAGCCAUACGGUUUGGGAAAGUGUUCGGAAUACGCAAUUGGUGAAGACUCAUGAAAUUUUAUCCGAUCUAAUCAAGGAUGCAACUAAGUCCAAUGAGAAGGAGAGCAAAACAAAUAUCAAGCGGUUGGUUAAAGCCAUUCAGGAACUGCCCUCCCAGACUAAGACGUUGAAAGAAAUUAAGGCUCUAAUGGGUCUACUUGAACGUUGUGUGAACUACUUCAAUACUCAUGAGAUCAAACAAGUCGCUGAAGUAGAACAGGGCAUUGCUACCGGUAAGGAUGCCGCUGGUAGUACAUACAAGAAAGUAGCAACAAAAGAGUUCUUCCGGGUCUUAGAGACGGCUCGGCUGACUAAAGAAGAGAAGACGCGGCUGUACUUCCUACUUCUGGCUAACAUGGGCUCAUUACAGCGCAAUGAGGAGAAGACUUUAUUAACUCAAGGCCAUAUUAGCAAGAAAGAAGUCGAGUGCUGGGAGAAGGCCAAAAAGCAUUUAAAAGGUCGAGCAGCUAUUCCACUUACUAAACGGCCCAUUCCAAUUGCUCGGUACACCCCCAUUAUUCAUGACGUGCUAACAGCUAUCAUCAGUAAGAACAAAAAGGCAUGUACUCAUUUUGAUAUCUCUUUACCUGAAACUAGAGAGAAUUUAUCGGGCCAUUCCUUGCGUAAACGUGAAUUUGUCUUCCGGGCCCCAGCCCAUACUACAUCUACUGAAAAACGCCCGAUCAUUAUCUUCUUUAUUGGCGGGGUGUGUAUUGCCGAAAUCUCUGAAAUCCGCGAGAUUGCCAAGAAUACUGGUCUGUCCAUUAUAGUUGGUUCCACUGCGGUUUAUUCUCCUAGUGGCUUUCUAAGUAGUCUGUCCGAAUUGGGCUAG